ACAUAGACUUUAGAAAUGAGUUUUACUAACAAAGUUGUUUUAGUUACGGGCAGCAGCUCUGGUAUUGGUGCAGUUAUCGCUUUAACGUUUGCAAAGGAAGGUGCUAAGGUUGCCAUUGUCGGAAGGAACGCGGACAAACUUGCUAAAGUUGCAGGUUCGUUUGAUAAUAAUCCUCCCCUGGUCUUACAAGCGGAUCUCACCGACGAUGCGCAAGUUGCUAAUUUGGUGCAGAAGACCAUCGACCACUUCGGUAAACUAGAUGUCCUUGUGAACAACGCAGGAGUUGCUCCCCUCGGCAGCAUACUCCAAGGAAAUCUCCUUGAAAUGUUCGAUCAGACUAUAUCAAUCAACUUACGAGCAGUACUUCAUCUUACCACCCUAGCAGCUCCACAUCUGAUCAAGACUAAAGGCAGCAUCGUCAAUAUAUCUGGGGUUUGGGGUAUGGGAACUCCGAAGAUUUCAAGUGCAGCCCCUGCUUCUAUUAGCAAAGCCGGCUUGAACCAUUUUACAAAGAUCGCUGCGCUCGAACUGGCUCCGUAUGGAGUAAGGGUCAACGCUAUAAGUCCAGGGCCAGUAAGGACUGAUAUCAUUGAGGGAUCGGAGUACUCCUGGGAGUUUUUUGAAGCUAUGACCGCAUUGAAGAAACUGUCGUGCAAAGAUGAGAUUGCAGAUCUGAUAUUGUUCCUAGCAAGUGAUAAGGGAAGGAGUAUCACUGGCUCCAACUACGUUAUUGAUAACGGCAUGCUGUUAUUGUGAAGACGUUUAAAGGCUCAUUUUAAAUCGUAAUUUUAAUUGGAGAAUAAAUUAUAAUAUAGGUAAAUUAAAAAUUACAAUAUAAAAUUUGUUUUUAAAUUA